GAAGAAAAAGAAGAGAAGGAAAAAGAAGGUGUAUCUAGAUGAAUUUUUUUUUUUUUUUGUUUGUUUCUUUUUCCUUUUUUUCUUUUUCCUUUACAUCAUUGAAAAGCGAAUAGGAAAAAGGAAAAAUAAUAUAUUGUUAUCACGUGACUUCGACCUUCCUCAACCAUUUGAACGUUCUCUCUUAUAUGUCUUUAUCAUCCUUUGAGGAUCUUUUCAAGGAGGUUCAAAGAGAGGAAGAGAAAGAGAAAGAGAGAGAGAGAGAGAGAAAGAGAUAAAAAAGGAAGAAGGAAGAUAUAAGAAGAGUAAGAAAUAAAUCGAGUAUCAAAAUGGCGAAGAGUCAUCUUGGUGUUGAUUAUCACCCUUUCAAGAUCGUGGUCAAGACUAUUCUUCUACUCUGGAUUGCAGUUGAGACAAAUAGCGAUUCACAAGCAAAAUUUAAUGAGAGAUAUGACCUUGAUCGACCUUCAUAUCCUCCCUGGUACAAACAAUAUAUGCAUAAUAUUCAACCAAAGGUUAAUGUAGACGAUCAAAUAUUCUUCCCUAACGAAGGUGGUAAAUCUCAGAUGCGAAAUUUCGAAAAUCCAUACAUAUGCAAGAAUAAAACCUAUUGCGAGGAAACUCCUUAUUAUCCUAAUGAAUUCGUCAAGAAUAAAUUAGAAAAUAAUAAGAAUUUAAUGAAGUUCGCUUUUAAUGAUUUCAUACCGGAUCAAUUAGACUUAUCAGAAAGAAUAGACGCGAAGGACGAAUCGCCGAUGUGUCUAUCUCUUGAAAGAGUGAUUUAUCCUAAAACGGCACAAACUGUUAAGGGAGAGUGGCUAUUCGUAGCACAAAUGGAAGAUUAUUUUUCACAGGGCAUACGCAUCGAAACUUGUUUAGUAAACUCUGCACCGUGUAAAUUUGUUGAACAAAUAAAGGAUUAUGUGUCAAGUUGUGAACAAAAAUACAUUUAUCGUCAGCUUCUCGCAGUCGAUAAAGAACUUUUAACAACGGAAUUAUUUCGCUUCCCUUCGAGCUGCUGUUGCUCCGUCAAAUACGCCCGAUCUUAAUCAUAUCAGAAGAAAUAUUCAUUGCUUUACUAUCGUU